AGCCCGGCCGGGGGAGGCGCGGAGCGGGCCGGCCGCCCGGCCUUCCUCUCCCCUCGCUCCUCCUCUCCGCCUCAACUUGCUCCGGCCUCCUCGCUCCGGCCUCAGGUUGGGGCCUCCGCAGGCCCUCGGCCCCGGCUCGUGGCUGGGCUCCUUCCCGGGGCGGUGGAAGUUUCUGGGCUCCCCGCAGUCCAGCCUCCAUCUCUUUGCCUCUCACUGGGCCCGCGCCCGCGCCUGCUGUCCCCUCCCCGCGCGCUUCCUCCCAUCUUCUCCCUCGCUGCCCUCUCUACUCCUCUCCCGGGGCUCCCGGCUUGCUGUUCCCCUCGAGCGCCGGGACCAUCGCCCCUGCCCGGGCGCGCCCCCCGGGUCCUGCGGCCCCGGAUGCCCGGGCCCCGUGGGGCUGCUGGCGGCCUGGCCCCUGAGAUGCGCGGGGCGGGGGCGGCGGGGCUGCUGGCGCUGCUGCUGCUGCUGCUGCUGCUGCUGCUGCUGGGCCCGGGCGGCGGGGCCGAGGGGGGGCCGGCGGGCGAGAGGGGCGCUGGCGGGGGCGGGGCGCUGGCCCGCGAGCGCUUCAAGGUGGUCUUUGCGCCGGUGAUCUGCAAGCGGACCUGUCUCAAGGGCCAGUGUCGGGACAGUUGUCAGCAGGGCUCCAACAUGACGCUCAUCGGAGAGAACGGCCACAGCACCGAUACGCUCACGGGCUCCGGCUUCCGCGUGGUGGUGUGCCCUCUGCCCUGCAUGAACGGCGGCCAGUGCUCCUCCCGAAACCAGUGCCUGUGUCCCCCGGACUUCACCGGUCGCUUCUGCCAGGUGCCCGCUGGAGGAACUGGCGGGGGCACUGGCGGCUCAGGCCCUGGGCUUGGUCGGGCUGGGGCCCUGUCCACAGGCGCGCUGCCUCCCCUGGCUCCGGAAGGCGAGUCUGUGGCCAGCAAGCACGCCAUCUACGCGGUCCAGGUGAUCGCCGAUCCGCCGGGGCCGGGUGAGGGGCCCCCUGCCCAGCAUGCAGCCUUCCUGGUGCCCCUCGGGCCAGGACAGAUCUCAGCGGAAGUGCAGGCCCCACCCCCUGUGGUGAACGUGCGCGUCCACCACCCGCCCGAGGCCUCCGUCCAAGUGCACCGCAUCGAAGGGCCCAACGCCGAGGGCCCGGCCCCCUCCCAGCACCUGCUGCCGCACCCCAAGCCCCCGCAUCCUCGGCCACCCACCCAGAAGCCCCUGGGCCGCUGCUUCCAGGACACGCUGCCCAAGCAGCCCUGUGGCAGCAAUCCCCUCCCCGGCCUCACCAAGCAGGAAGACUGCUGUGGAAGCAUCGGCACAGCCUGGGGCCAGAGCAAGUGCCACAAGUGCCCGCAGCUGCAGUACACAGGGGUGCAGAAGCCAGGGCCUGUACGUGGGGAGGUGGGCGCUGACUGCCCCCAGGGCUACAAGAGGCUCAACAGCACACACUGCCAGGACAUCAAUGAGUGCGCGAUGCCAGGCAUGUGUCGCCAUGGUGACUGCCUCAACAACCCUGGCUCCUAUCGCUGUGUCUGCCCACCUGGCCAUAGCUUGGGCCCCUCCCGCACACAGUGCAUUGCGGACAAGCCGGAGGAGAAAAGCCUAUGUUUCCGCCUGGUGAGCCCUGAGCACCAGUGCCAGCACCCGCUGACCACGCGCCUCACCCGCCAACUCUGCUGCUGCAGUGUCGGCAAGGCCUGGGGCACCAGGUGCCAGCGCUGCCCAGCUGAUGGCACUGCUGCCUUCAAGGAGAUCUGUCCAGCUGGGAAGGGGUACCACAUCCUCACCUCCCACCAGACGCUCACCAUUCAGGGUGAAAGUGACUUUUCCCUUUUCCUGCACCCUGAUGGGCCACCCAAGCCCCAGCAGCUCCCUGAGAGCCCCAGCCGGGCACCACCACCUGAGGACACAGAGGAAGAGAGAGGGGUGAGCACAGACUCACCAGUGAUCGAAGAGCAGUCCGCGCAGCAGAGCCACCCGACUGUCACCACAUCUCCUGCCCGGCCCUACCCUGAGCUGAUCUCCCGGCCCUCACCGCCCUGGUUCCUGCCCGACUUGCCCCCGUCCCGAAGUGCGGUAGAGAUCGCCCCUACUCAGGUCACAGAGACGGAUGAGUGCCGACUGAACCAGAACAUCUGUGGCCACGGGGAGUGCGUCCCGGGACCCUCAGACUAUUCCUGCCAUUGUAACCCGGGCUACCGGUCGCAUCCGCAGCACCGCUACUGCGUGGACGUGAACGAGUGCGAGGCGGAGCCAUGCGGCGCCGGGAGGGGCAUCUGCAUGAACACCGGCGGCUCCUACAACUGCCACUGCAACCGCGGCUACCGCCUGCACGUCGGCGCCGGGGGGCGCUCGUGCGUAGACCUGAACGAGUGCGCCAAGCCCCACCUGUGCGGCGACGGCGGCUUCUGCAUCAACUUUCCCGGUCACUACAAGUGCAACUGCUACUCCGGCUACCGGCUCAAAACCUCUCGACCGCCCGUGUGCGAAGACAUCGACGAGUGCCGAGACCCUAGCUCCUGCCCGGAUGGCAAAUGCGAGAACAAACCUGGGAGCUUCAAGUGCAUUGCCUGUCUGCCCGGCUACCGCAGCCAGGGGGGCGGGGCCUGCCGCGACGUGAACGAGUGCGCCGAGGGCAGCCCCUGCUCUCCCGGCUGGUGCGAGAACCUCCCGGGCUCCUUCCGCUGCACGUGCGCCCAGGGCUAUGCGCCCGCGCCGGACGGCCGCAGUUGCCUGGAUGUGGAUGAGUGUGAGGCUGGGGACGUGUGUGACAACGGCAUCUGCACCAACACGCCAGGCUCCUUCCAGUGUCAGUGCCUCUCUGGCUACCAUCUGUCAAGGGACUGGAGCCACUGUGAGGACAUUGAUGAGUGUGACUUUCCUGCAGCCUGCAUUGGGGGUGAUUGCAUCAACACCAAUGGCUCCUAUCGAUGUCUCUGUCCCCAGGGGCAUCGGCUGGUAGGCGGCCGGAAGUGCCAAGACAUAGAUGAGUGCAGCCAGGACCCGGGUCUGUGCCUUCCCCACGGGGCCUGCGAGAACCUGCAGGGCUCCUACGUUUGCGUCUGCGAUGAGGGCUUCACGCCCACCCAGGACCAGCAUGGCUGUGAGGAGGUGGAGCAGCCCCACCACAAGAAGGAGUGCUACCUUAACUUCGAUGACACCGUGUUCUGCGACAGUGUACUGGCCACCAAUGUCACCCAGCAGGAAUGCUGCUGCUCCCUGGGGGCUGGCUGGGGAGACCACUGCGAGAUCUAUCCCUGCCCAGUCUACAGCUCAGCUGAGUUCCACAGCCUUUGCCCGGACGGGAAGGGCUACACCCAGGACAACAACAUUGUCAACUACGGCAUCCCAACCCACCGUGACAUCGACGAAUGCAUAUUGUUUGGGGCGGAGAUCUGCAAGGAGGGCAAGUGCGUGAACACGCAGCCGGGCUACGAGUGCUAUUGCAAGCAAGGCUUCUACUACGACGGGAACCUGCUGGAAUGCGUGGACGUGGACGAGUGCUUGGACGAGUCUAAUUGCCGGAACGGAGUGUGUGAGAACACGCGCGGUGGUUACCGCUGCGCCUGCACGCCCCCGGCCGAGUACAGCCCGGCUCAGCGCCAGUGUCUGAGCCCAGAGGAGAUGGACGUGGACGAGUGCCAGGACCCCGCAGCCUGCCGCCCUGGCCGCUGCGUCAACCUGCCGGGCUCCUACCGCUGCGAGUGCCGCCCGCCCUGGGUGCCCGGGCCCUCCGGCCGCGACUGCCAGCUCCCGGAGAGCCCGGCCGAGCGUGCCCCGGAGCGGCGGGACGUGUGCUGGAGCCAGCGCGGAGAGGACGGCAUGUGUGCGGGCCCCCUGGCCGGGCCCGCCCUCACCUUCGACGACUGCUGCUGUCGCCAGGGCCGAGGUUGGGGAGCCCAGUGCCGCCCGUGCCCGCCGCGCGGCGCCGGGUCCCAGUGCCCGACGUCGCAGAGUGAGAGCAAUUCCUUCUGGGACGCGAGUCCCCUGCUGCUGGGAAAGCCCCCGCGAGAAGAGGACAGCUCGGAGGAGGAUUCAGACGAGUGCCGCUGCGUUAGCGGCCGCUGUGUGCCUCGGCCGGGCGGCGCAGUGUGCGAGUGUCCUGGUGGCUUCCAGCUAGACGCCUCGCGCGCGCGCUGCGUCGACAUCGACGAGUGCCGAGAGCUGAACCAGCGCGGGCUACUAUGCAAGAGCGAGCGCUGCGUGAACACGAGCGGUUCCUUCCGCUGCGUCUGCAAAGCUGGCUUCGCGCGCAGCCGCCCGCAUGGAGCUUGCGUGCCCCAGCGCCGCCGCUGACACCAGCCUCGGUCUGGACCUCGGCAAUCACCGAGGAGUUUCUGCCCGACACUUGGGACGAGCUCCGCCUCUCGCUUGUGCCCUGACUCGGGGCUCGGACCCAGGGACCCUUCGGGGCCCGCAGACCCCUUCCCCGAGCCCCACGUUCCAAGGGUGCCCAUACCAGCUCCACCCGGUUCAUAGGCAGAUGUUGGGUCUCUCUGGCGCUGCCGGCCUUCCUUCCAGAGGGUGUUUCCCAGAAACUGAUAAAUCAGAUCGUGCCUCUUUACAGUGGGUUUUCGAAGUAAAUUGACGUUCAUGUACAUGGUGGGCGCGGUCUCCGAAGGGUGGCACCAGACCCCAGCCUCCUUAGAGGGGCUAGACUGAGCCCAGCACAGGGGGUGCGAAAUAGAAUUUAUUGUGGCUCUGAUUAUGUAUAUGUGAGAUGUGCCUGGCCAGGCCGGCCGGGCUUCCAUGGUUUGUACAAUAAAUACAUCUGCGGGGCCUGCUCUCCGAGGCUGGGAAGCGCCCACACCCGCGGUUCAGUCCA